AUUUUGGUACCGAAGUGUCUACUUAUUUGCAAAGUUGAAUAAACGUCAUUUAAAACGCGCAGUGCAUUCAAGAAAUCAUGAAGUGUUUUGUGUUGCUGAUAACAAUUGCCAUUUGGCAAUACGUUCAAGUAACAAGUCAUCCGUUGAUGGUGGUUAAUCUGAAUCCAAGCGAAGAAAUAAAACCACGUUUACAGAAUCUUACAACCUUGAAGAAAGCAAUAGAGAUGAAGGAACAAGAAAAUGCAACAAAAGAUAAAAGUAACGAUGAAAAAGAGAAAACUAUGAGGCAAGAAGAGAAAAUAGAUAUCCAUGAAUCCGAUGAUUCAGACUAUAUUUAUAUAAACGACAAAAUUUUUUUGACAUCAAAUGAGAAUAUUCAAGAAAAUCCAGAUGACUCCGAAAAUGAAAUUAAACAUGACAAAAAAAGAGAAAUAAGGAAGAGUAUAAAGAUAAAGAGUAUAAAGAUAAAACUAUAAAAACUACGGACAAAUAAUAGAUCACAUAUGGUCUUAUGUAUGUUUUAAAAGAUGCACAAGAUAAGAUUUUUUGGUCUGCUUUUUAAUCUCUAGCGAUUAUUAAUUAUCUCCACGAUUGUUUAUACACGUUAAAAAUUUUAUUGUACACUUGAUGUGUUUUGAAGAAAGAAAUAAAUUUCUUUUAGCA